CACAACGGACGGCUCAGAUCGAAUCAUUUCUUACGGUUGUUGAAUUGGGUUUGCCUCAUUUGUUUCUCCUUCGUUUAUAAAGAGGUAGGGAGAGAAAUUUGCGUGCCAACUCCCCAAUUUUCUCCACCGUUUGAAAUCCUUCGCUGUUGGUUACCAAUGGCGUUGCCCCACUUCAAAGCGGCUUUCUUAUGUUUGUUCUUGUUGGUUUCAUUUAAUAUUGUAUCAUCUGCAUCUGGGUUGCUUAGAGUUGGACUGAAGAAGAUUAAAUUAGACUCAAAAAGCCAGCUAGCAGCCCGGCUUCAGUCCAAGGAUCCAGAGAUUUUGAAAGCUACUUUCAGAAAGUCCAAUAGUAAUCUUGGACAAUCUUCUGAUACUGAUAUUGUUGUGUUAAAGAACUACAUGGAUGCUCAGUACUAUGGUGAGAUUGCCAUUGGUACACCCCCACAAAAGUUCACUGUGAUUUUCGACACCGGCAGCUCGAAUCUAUGGGUGCCUUCUGCAAAAUGCUUGUUUUCUUUGGCUUGUCAUUUCCAUGCCAAAUACAAGUCGAGCCACUCUAGUUCAUACAAGAAAAACGGGACAUCUGCUUCGAUACGGUAUGGCACUGGAGCGGUCUCUGGUUUCUUUAGUAAUGACAAUGUCCGAGUUGGAGAUCUAGUGGUGAAGAAUCAGGAUUUCAUUGAGGCAACCAGAGAACCAAGUCUUACGUUUCUUGUGGCCAAGUUUGACGGGUUGUUGGGACUUGGUUUUCAAGAGAUCUCUGUUGGUAAUGCUGUCCCAGUAUGGUAUAACAUGGUUGAUCAAGAUCUUGUUAAGGAACCAGUCUUUUCGUUUUGGCUCAAUCGCAACGUUGAGGAGGAAGGUGGUGAAAUUGUGUUUGGUGGAGUCGACCCAAAGCACUAUAAGGGCGAGCAUACUUACGUUCCUGUCACACAGAAAGGUUAUUGGCAGUUUGACAUGGGCGAUGUUCUCAUAGACGGUGAACCUACUGGAUAUUGUGGUGGUGGUUGUUCAGCCAUAGCUGAUUCUGGAACUUCACUGUUGGCUGGUCCAACUCCCAUUAUAACCAUGAUCAACCAUGCCAUUGGAGCUAAAGGAGUCAUUAGUCAGGAAUGCAAGGCAGUUGUUGCACAGUAUGGGCAAACCAUUAUGGAUUUGCUUUCAUCCGAGGCAGAUCCGAAGAAGAUCUGUUCUCAAAUUAAGUUGUGUACUUUCGAUGGGGCCCGAGGAGUGAGCAUGGGGAUUGCGAGUGUGGUGGAUGAGAAGGCUGGCAAAUCAUCUGAUGGUCUACGCGAUGCCAUGUGCCCUGCAUGUGAGAUGAUGGUCGUCUGGAUGCAAAAUCAACUUCGUCAGAAUCAAACUAAAGAACGAAUAAUGAACUACAUCAACGAGCUAUGUGAUCAUAUGCCUAGUCCAAUGGGACAAUCUGCCGUUGACUGUGGAAGCCUUUCUUCCAUGCCUAUUGUUUCCUUCACCAUUGGUGACAAAGUUUUUGACCUUACCCCACAAGAGUACGUCCUCAAGGUGGGCGAAGGUCGUGCAGCUCAGUGCAUCAGUGGAUUUACUGCGUUAGAUGUUCCUCCUCCUCGUGGACCCCUCUGGAUCCUGGGAGAUGUCUUCAUGGGUCGAUACCACACAGUGUUCGAUUUUGGCAAGCUGAGAGUCGGGUUUGCAGAGGCAGCAUGAAGAAAGAAACUUCUUGUUUGGUGGCUUUGUUUGGUAUGCCUUUAAAGCUUAUUAUGCAUAUGAGCCAUUUAAGUUGAAGUUUAUGAACAUAUGGAAUGUUAAGAAGGGAAACCCCCAAAUUUGUAAAUGCUUGCUACUGUGUCCUCUUUUAUUGAUACAGCUUGUACAGUAGCUUGAGUAUCUCUGCUGAUUUAUAUACUAACAGAAGCUGAUAUAUAUUUGGAUAUAAGUUGUGUUA